AUGGCCGUCGAUUCCUUUAAUUCCAAGUCCCCUGAAGACGCCUCUACCACAAAACCUAGGGCUGCAAACGGAAAUACUUGGGGGAGAGUGACGGCGGGGGAGAAGAAGAUUGCUCGUCAUAGGCAUAGCAAUUCAAUGGAUGGGUCUUUGACUUCCUCGUUUGAAGUUGAUUCUUCCAAGAAGGCUAUGGCACCUGAUAAACUCGCUGAGCUUGCUUUGAUGGACCCUAAAAGAGCUAAGAGGAUUCUGGCGAAUAGACAAUCUGCUGCACGAUCCAAGGAGAGAAAAAUACGUUACACUAAUGAAUUAGAGAAGAAGGUGCAAAUGCUUCAAUCAGAAGCGACUUCCCUUUCUGCUCAGGUCACUGUGUUACAGAGAGAUACCACUGGAUUGACUACUGAGAACAGAGAACUCAAGCUAAGAUUGCAAGCCAUGGAGCAGCAAGCCCAUCUGAGGGAUGCUUUGAAUGAGACAUAGGAGGAAGUACAGCGACUUAAGAUAGCCGCUGCCCAACUGCCUGUUGCAAAUGGCAACUCAUUCAACAUGGGAGGAGGGCUACCUCCUCAAUUCCCUCCUCUCCAAACAUCAUUUCUUCAAUUUGGCAACUCCCAGAAUCAUCAACAGCCACAGCUGCUUCACAUGUCUCAGCCUGAUGCUCGAGGAGGGUCUCCACCGUCCCAGCUUCCAGGAGCUUAACCACAUGCUUUAGAUAAUCUAUUACGUAGUGAGGAUUGGUAUUUUUAUUUGGGAAGCUAAGGAAUUGUAGCCUGUAUCUUCUACAUUUGGAUUUGUAUGAGUAUACUUGUAAAAAGGAAUAUACAUGUGUACAAAAAAAGCUGUAUUAUUUCUUUGAUAAUUGAGGAUUGUAUUGUAAUAACACUCGCAGCAAAUAAUAGGGAUCACUUCUUUGUGAACAACUU